AUGCCCGUGAGCGCCCGUGCCCGCGCGGCCUACAGAGCCGACGAGCUACAAAACCAUGCGCUCCUGAACGAGCAAGAGAAGAAACGGCUGCUCAGGGCAACCCUCCCCGCCCCGAGCGAGAUACCGAGCGUGAGCACAUCGUCGUCGGCCUCGCAUCAAAGACCCAGACUAGGCGUCCGACGCUUCCUCCGCAACCAGCUCCACGUCGUUGUCUUUGCCAUCCUCCAUGGCAUCUUCUCGCUCUACAUCCGCACCCGCCAGACAUUCAACAUCGUCUGCUACCGUGUCUCCUCGGUCCUCUACUACCACCACGCUACGCCGCAAUACAUUCGACGAGACGUCACGGGGCUGGAACGGAAGCCCAAGCACCUCAGUGCCAUCCUCAAGGCCCAAGAAGACCACCGGGCAAAGGCGAAUCUAGAGCGCCUCAUCGACGAGACGGCCGAGCUGGCCACCUGGUGCGCCUGUGCCGAGAUACCCAUGCUCUCCAUUUAUGAAAAGACAGGAAUCUUGAAGAAGCACAUGCCGCGGGUCUACGACGCUGUCAUCCAGAAAUUCACCUUCUACUUUGCCGGAGAGCAUCCAAGCCUCUCCGUGACUUCGCCGCAUAGGGACGAGUACUCGUCGCCGACCUACGAGCAGAGCAGCCAUGGACACUUGAAGCUCCACCUCAUUUCUGCGCAGGACGGCCGAGAGUCCAUUGUCGACCUCACUCGAACCCUAGCGGAAAUGUCGCAAAAGGGAAAGCUCUCGCCCCGGGAUAUUUCCAUCGAAUUGGUCGACACGGAGCUGUCCGAGGGCAUCAUGCCGGAGCCGGAUCUUCUCAUCCUCUUCAGCCCCUACCCCGAGCUCGCGAGCUACCCGCCCUGGCAGAUUCGCCUGACCGAGAUAUUCUGCCUGAAGGACAACGAAAGCUUCGGCUAUCAGGUCUUUUUGAAGGCGUUGCGGAAGUACUCGAGGGCGCAGAUGCGCCAUGGGAAAUAA